CAUUUGGGCUUGUUUUCAUAAUGGAGAUCGAAGGAAGUCCAGGUCUAAAAGGAAACAUGAAGCAACCUGACCCUGUUAAACCACCUCCAAACAACACAGAAGAAGAGGGUCUGGACUGUAAAGACAUGCAGAAGGAGGCACUGAACAGACGCAAUGCCUGGGAGCCCACUGUCUUCUAUUCUCUUGGCAGUGAGACGUUUUUCUUCACCGGGCAGGAGAUCAAUAUCCGAGAGUCACUGGACUCUUUUGGCGCCGUCAUCUGGCCAGGCGCUGUGGCUCUCUGUCAGUAUUUGGAGAAGAACCGGAAACAGAUUGAUCUGCUGGACAAAGCCGUGCUGGAACUUGGAGCGGGUACAGGACUGGUGUCCAUAGUGGCAAGUUUACUGGGUGCCUGGGUCACAGCCACAGAUCUGCCUGAAGUCCUGUCAAAUCUGAACUUUAACCUCUCCCGCAACACACGGGGCCGCUGCAGAUACACCCCUCAGGUGGCCGCUCUGGUCUGGGGACAGGAUGUGAAAAGGGACUUCCCCAGCUCCAUCUACAAUUACGACUAUGUGUUUUGUGCGGACGUGGUCUAUCACCACAACUUUCUGGAGGAUCUACUGAUCACGAUGCAGUAUUUCUGCAAGCCAGGAACCACCCUACUGUGGGCAAAUAAGGUGCGAUUUCAAACUGACCUGCAUUUCAUUGAAAACUUUAAAAAUGUUUUUAAUGUCACGCUGCUGGAAGAGAACCCACAAGAGGAGGUAAGGAUCUACCAGGCCACUGUAAGGACGCCAGCCCAAAUAAGGGAGGAGAAGAGGGAGAACCAACAACACCAUGUGUAACAAGAAUGACUUGGGAGAUAAUAAAUGGCAGCCCAGCAGCCCCAACAUUGAAGGGAAGGUGCUCCACCUGUUGGAUGUCUGCAAAAUUGCAAGAUAUAAUUGCCUAGGGCUACCAUUCCGAAUGGGAAAAAACUACAUUAUAAAAAAAGUGAUACCUCAAGUAUGUUUUUUUUUUUUUUUUUUUUGAAUGAAGAAUUAUGUAAGCUUUUUUUUUGUUCCAGAAGGUAUUUAAGUAUUGCGAUUUCAUACUUGUCACUUCAUUUGUCUACUUCUCCAUGUGGCAAUUGUCAAUUUCUUAUUUUAAAUAACUCACAGUAAUCCGUUUAUUUCUAAGUCUGAAAUUGAAUUUUUUUUGUGUGUGAAUGUGUUAAAAAAAAACAAAAAGGUUCUGUUCUCUAAUUUAUGUACAGUAUAUAAUUAUUUGUACUAUCAUUGUUAAUAUUAAAAUUGUAUUGCUUUUGUAACAUGGAUCAAAGCCCUAAUCUUCUCCCUAAAUAUACAGUGCAGUUCAAAAGCUUGCGGUCAGUAAUCAUUUUAACUAUAAAUUAUUAGUUUGGUUUCCACAAAAAUAUUAAGCAGCACAACAGUCUUCAAAACGGAAACAAUGCACUAAAUCAUAUUAUAGCAAUUCCUGGGAUGAUCAUGUGACACUGAAGACUAGAUAAAGUUGCUGCAUAUUCAUUAUUAAUUUAACCGAA